UCUCGGGCGAGGACGACAGCAUGAGAGGUUGCCGACCUUCCCAAACAGACCCAACCGUGGAAAUGACAUGACAUCAAGGGAGGAACCCCUUGCUAACGUCAAAAGACAAAACCCCAUCCUUUCCCUGUCACUGUCAACGGUUCUCCCCGCCGCACUACCCAUCAACACCAUCACCUUCACCGUCAUCAACACUAUUCCAAACCGUCACCACCCCUUAACCCGAAAAAGCCGCGCCAACACCAACAAUGCAUCUCCGAACCCUCACCACCCUCGCGGCGGUAACCACCACCGUCUCCGCGCUUGCUGCCCCUGCUCCCCCAGCCCACCACGCCGUCGCAGCCGUCGGACCCGAAAUCACCCAACCCCCUUCUAUCCAGGCUCGCCAGGGUCACGGUGCCUUCCGCGCUGAACCGCGUCCCAAACACGUCGACGCAAAAAAGCAUAAGAAGCGUGACGACGACCAGGUUCCCUCCGUCGACGAUAUCGACGUCGGAUCCGACAAUACCUACUCGUACCUAGACAACUCCUUCCCCACCGGCCUCUCUACCACCCUGAAGCCUCUGUACUCCAGCUGCGCCUUAGCCUACGAAUCCCUCAUGACCUCCGCCCCCGAGCCCUCCGGCAAGCUCGAAGACUGGUUGGAGACCGCCCUCUACGGGGACUACGACAGCUGGACGGCGACCUCCUCCACCGACGCCUACGCGGUUGUCUGCGGCAGCCCCUUGACGCCGCCGGCUAGCCUGGCUUCGACGUACUCGGCCUUCACUUCCGCGAGCGCCAGUUAUCUGUCAGCCCAUCAGUCCGAAGUUACGAGCCUGGCGAAGGCGUGCAAGCCGGUUUACUACGAUGUGGUGUUCAGUCUCAUGAUGCCGCACAAGAACUAUGAGGAGUGCACGAGCGUGUAUUAUAAUUAUGAGAGCGUUUAUGCGAGCUUGGCGUGCGAGGAUAAUACGGUGAAUUGUUCCUUUACGACUGAGUUCCCGGCGAAGACGACGGGCACGGGGGCGGCGGGCAAUGCGGGUGAGGCGACGACGACUGCUGCGGGGGCUGGAGAGACUGGUACUAGUGGAAGUGGUACUGCCGGUACCUCGUCGACGACGGCUUCGGGGAAUGCGGGCGCUCCUAAGCAGACUUUUGCUGCUGCGGCGGCGUUGGCUGGGCUUGUUGCUGCUGUUGCGGCGCUCUAGGUUUAGAGCGGAGGUUUUUGGAUGUCGGAAAUGUGGUGGGUGUAAGGAAGGAGAUUACCGGAGGGGGAGGACAUGAUCGAGAAGCUGCGCGCACUCAUUUGAGGAGGUCUUCCACGUCCCCUUCUUA